UCUUUGUACUGUGAACAGCUCACUCCCGCAACUCCAACAACCAUGGCCUUCAAGUUCGUCGUUUUCGCCGCUGUGGUCGCCGUUGCCCGCGCUGGCCUCAUCGCCUCGCCGGCUGUCAGCUACGCCGCUGCUCCGGCCCUCAGCUAUGCUGCUGCCCCGAUCGCCAAGGUCGCUUAUGCUGCCGCCCCGAUCGCCAAGGUCGCCUACGCUGCCCAGCCCGAGGAGUACGACGCGAACCCGCAGUACUCGUUCUCGUACGGUAUCUCGGACGCCCUGACCGGAGACUCCAAGUCCCAGCAGGAAUCGCGCAGCGGAGAUGUUGUCCAGGGAUCGUACUCCGUCGUUGACCCCGAUGGCACCAAGCGCACCGUCGAGUACACGGCUGAUCCGCACAACGGAUUCAACGCUGUCGUCCACCGUGAGCCGCUGGCCACCAAGGUCAUCGCUGCUGCCCCAGUCGCCACCAAGGUCAUUGCUCAGCCCGCUGUCGCCUACGCCGCCCCAGUUGCCAAGACCAUCUCUUAUGCCGCCCCGGUAGCCACCAAGACCUACGUCUCGAGCCCAGCUGUGUCCUACGCUGCUCCUCUGUCUUACUCUGCUCCUGUGGCUAAGACCUACGUCUCGAGCCCGGCUGUGUCCUAUGCCGCUCCUUUGGCCACCAAGACCUACGUCUCGAGCCCGGCUGUGUCCUAUGCCGCUCCUUUGGCCACCAAGACCAUCGUCUCGAGCCCGGCUGUGUCCUAUGCCGCUCCUCUGUCUUACUCUGCUCCUUUGGCCACCAAGACCAUCGUGUCGAGCCCAGCUCUGUCGUACGCCGCCCCGGCUUACGCUUCGUACCACUAAGUGCGUAGAGACUGUUCAUGUUCAUGACCGUGUUACGUUUUCCGAGCUGAGAUGAUAUUUAUUGUAUAAAGUGACCAUGCCCAACUGCCUGCGGGUCGGUUCCAUCAUGGAACCUGACUCAUAAAAAACUUAU